GUUAUGCCAGUUAUUUGUACAAACUCAUCCCGCGAAUUUCAUCUCACGCGGUCUCUUUUGAUUCUCCUCUCUUCGUUCGUUACUCCUUCUUCACAGAAAAAGAAAAUCGUAGGAUAUAUACAGUGGCGGUGAGAAUGGAAAAUGCAAUUUCAUCCAGCUUGGCGAGAACGAAAUCGGAGGAUAUGGAGGAGACGGGGGCAACGACAAGUAUGAAAUCGCCCCCGUCAGCGGAGGGUGGCGGAGUGCUGUCGAGGAAAUCGAGCAAGAGGAUGACAGCGGCCUCGCCGAGUGGGGGCGGAGGAAGAAGCACACACAUAAGGAGGGCGAGGAGCGCUCAGUUGAAGGUGGAUGUGGAUGAGGUUGGCAGCGGCGUGGCUCUGAGUCGAGCUUCUAGCGCUAGCUUGGGCCUCUCGUUCUCCUUCACUGGCUUCACUCUCCCUCCCGAUGAAAUCGCCGAUUCAAAACCUUUCAGCGACGAAGAUAUCCCGGAGGAUAUUGAAGCCGGAACUCAUAAGCCUAAGUUCCAGACAGAACAUACUCUGCCAAUAUAUCUGAAGUUCACCGACGUGACCUACAAGGUAGUGAUUAAAGGCAUAACUAGAACUAAGGAAAAGGAUAUCUUGAAGGGGAUCACUGGUUCUGUUAAUCCUGGGGAAGUUUUGGCAUUAAUGGGUCCUUCAGGAAGUGGAAAGACAUCUUUGUUAAAUCUGCUAGGAGGAAGGUUAAUUCAGUCCACAAUUGGUGGCUCUAUCACUUACAAUGACCAACCUUAUUCCAAGUUUCUAAAGAGCAGGAUUGGAUUCGUGACACAGGACGAUGUUCUGUUUCCUCACCUUACUGUUAGAGAAACAUUGACGUAUGCUGCUCGCUUAAGAUUGCCAAAUAUACUAACGAAAGAGCAAAAGGAAAAACGAGCUUUGGAUGUCAUCGAAGAGCUGGGAUUAGAGAGGUGCCAAGAUACUAUGAUAGGAGGUUCCUAUGUUCGAGGAGUAUCUGGUGGAGAGAGGAAGAGGGUUUGUAUUGGCAGUGAGAUCAUAAUCAACCCUUCUCUUCUAUUUCUUGACGAACCAACUUCUGGUUAGGAUUCUACGACAGCUUUAAGGAUAGUUCAAUUGCUACAUGACAUAGCAGAGGCAGGAAAAACCGUAGUGAUAACAAUCCAUCAACCAUCUAGCAGACUCUUCCAUAAAUUUGAUAAAUUGAUCCUUCUAGGAAAAGGGAGUUUGCUUUACUUUGGAAAAGCAUCUGAAGCAAUGGACUAUUUUCAGUUUAUAGGGUGUGCACCCCUUAUUACCAUGAACCCAGCUGAGUUUUUAUUAGACCUUGCAAAUGGAAACGUGAAUGAUAUUUCUGUACCAUCAGAGUUAAAGGAUAGAGUGCAGGUAGGAAAUGCUGAAGUUGAAACAUGCAAUGACAAACCAUCUGCUUCAGUUGUACAAGAGUAUCUGGAAGAGGCAUAUGAUUCUCGAGUGGCAGAAAUAGAGAAGACAAAGUUAAUGGUUCCUGUCCCUCUCGAUGAAGAACUGAAGUCUAAAAUCUAUUCUUGUAAAAGACAGUGGGGGGCAAGUUGGUUUGAGCAAUUUUCUAUACUGUUUUCAAGAGGAUUCAAAGAGAGGAAGCAUGACUAUUUUAGCUGGUUGAGAAUUACCCAAGUUCUUUCCACUGCAGUCAUCUUAGGAUUACUUUGGUGGCAAUCAGAUGCUAACAACCCAAAAGGUUUGCAAGAUCAGGCAGGACUUCUCUUCUUUAUUGCUGUGUUUUGGGGAUUUUUUCCUGUCUUUACUGCCAUAUUCACAUUUCCUCAAGAGAGGGCCAUGCUGACUAAGGAACGAACAACGGAUAUGUACAGACUAAGUGCAUAUUUUGUGGCUAGAACUACAAGUGACCUUCUACUGGACCUGGUGUUACCAGUCUUUUUCCUCCUUGUUGUUUAUUUCAUGGCCAGUUUGAGACUCAGUGCAGGGCGUUUUUUUCUUAGUAUUCUUACGGUUUUUCUCUGCAUCAUAGCAGCUCAGGGACUUGGGCUUGCAAUCGGGGCUACACUAAUGGAUUUGAAAAGGGCAACAACUUUGGCUUCAGUAACCGUGAUGACUUUCAUGCUGGCUGGAGGAUUUUUUGUGCAGAAAGUCCCCAUAUUCAUAUCUUGGAUUCGCUACCUCUCCUUCAACUACCAUACGUAUAAACUUCUGCUUAAGGUUCAAUAUGAACACAUUACACGGACCAUAAAUGGAAUCACACUUGACAGUGGAUUCACAGAGGUUGCUGCUCUGCUAGCUAUGGUUUUUGGUUACCGUCUUUUGGCAUAUCUCUCCUUGCGGCGGAUGAAACUUCAAGCUGGAAAUUAAGACUAUCCAUUAAGGCACAUGUAGCAGGUCUGAGUUGGAAAUACACAUGCACUGCCAUGUGAGGAGCACUUUGUCUAAUCUUGUGUAUUACUUCAUUUAGCAUGUUAAGCAUGCAUAUGUUAUCAGAGGCACAUAA